AUGGAACCGUUUGAAGAUGACCCAAAAGAGAUAAGGAUUCGUAGAACCAGCCCUGUUGGACCCAAUUUUGGAGCUAUACAAUUGAUGGAACGUAAAACUAUGGAUAGUGAAGAAACCGUUAGAAGUUCUACACAACAACAACCUUCAGUUAAAUUACAUGUUUCUAGUCGAUUGUUGCCUUUCUCUCUUGUUGCUACACCUAGUUAUAUGGAAAAUGUUGUCGUCGAUGUUGAUGAAAAUCUAAAUAUUAUUAAUACAUUGCAACAUUACUCAGAUUAUGAUUCAAAAGAUACUCGGAUAUUGGCAGGUUGUUUUCACCCUAGAUCAAAUCAUAUAGUUCUGGCAGCUUCGGGAAGUGAUAUAAUAACAUUUUGGGAUGCCCGUGUGCCAUCAUCGUUUCGCAAAAUCAUUGGACCACAUAUUGUUAGAAAAGGUUUAGAAAUACAUCCUAUAAGGAACGAGAUUUUAACGUGUUCUUGGAGACGAGAAGAUCAAAUACAAUUAUGGGAUUUUGAUUCUGGAAAAUUGAUAAGUGUCCUGGAACCUGAUGGCUACCAAAGCAGUUUGUACUGUGGAAAGUAUUUUGCACACAAUCUAUUAGCAACUGGUGGCAUAGAUCCAAAUUUACUUCGAGUAAUUAAUAUGCGAACUAGUAAGAAUAUGGCGAAAAUCAGAAAUUUACCCGGAGGAGUUUAUAGUUUAGACAUAGGAUGGUCAAAGGAAAAUCUAGAAAAAAGAACGGGGCCAAGGAUAUUGUUUUGUUGUGGUAAAAAAUUAUAUGAAGCCGAUUUACUGGAUUAUGAAUUAUCUUUUUAA